AUGUCGUCCGAGACCCCACAGGAUCUGUGGCUUGAGCGAUCUCGUCUCGCUGGAAUGAUAUUAGGAGCGGUAUCCUACGGCGGAUUCUCUAUCCUUACAGCGCAAGCCGCGACUGCUCUCACGCAAAAGCCUCGCCGUGGGGGGAAAAUUGCAGAUCAUCGCUUCGCUCUUAUAUCCUACGUCUUGAUCACGUUCGUAUUGGCGACGAUAGGCUUCGCUGCGAACGCAAAAUACACCCAGACGAUCUGGAUAGACCUUCGUGACUCUACGCCUGGUGGGCCGAUCGCACUAAUUGUGAACGAAAUGGAUUAUCCUAUCAAUGUCGUGGCGAUUGCCAGGCAAGUACCUUCGUUCACUCAUCUCAUACUGCCCGUGUUGACAGUUCCGUCUAGUUACUUCGUCAUGGAGUGGUUUAUGCAAGCCUUACUUCUUCACCGUUGUUUUGUGAUAUGGAAUUGGACACGAUACGUCAUGGUCCCGAUGAUCACCCUCUAUGUUGCCAUGAUUGUAACAUCUAUCCUCGUCUUGAUCCAGUCGAGCACUGGCGCCGUAUGGUACAAUAUCAACACCGAGCUUAUCUACCUCUGCCUCGAAGUGGGGCUCACUGUGAUGUACUCCGUUCUCGUGACGAGUCGUUUGCUCGCCAUGCGAGACCUGAUGAAGCGUGUCAUGCGGGAAUACGAUUCUAGCACCUAUGAUACCGUCGCCCUGAUGGUCGUCGAGUCCGCCAUGCUAUACAUUGCAUAUGCCAUUAUUUUCAUAGUUUCCUUCGGUAUGCAUUCAAAUGUCUCCAAUCUAUGCUUCCUGUCUAUUAGCCAUGUCCAGGGCAUUGCCCAAUUGCUCAUCAUCAUCCGUGUAGCACGGGGGAGGGCAAUCACAUCCGAGGUAACCCGAGUUGCUGCAGCAUGUACGACUAUGGCAUUCUCAGCGUCUGUAUUGGAUGAAACAGAGGGAAUCAAUGAGCAGACAGCGAGGUCUGUGCAGGAUGGUGUUCAGUUGUAUUCAGUUUCUACAACGGCGGGGGAAACAGAGGACGGUUUUGAACUUCAUACGCAUGAAUUCAUGGACAAGCUCCUUACCCCUGAUCGGCGGAAACCUCCGGACCUUUGGAAUUAUUACCAAUCAUAG